CAGAAAUCUAAUAUGAAUAGGAAAAGAAAACAACACAUUUAAAUAUUCUUACCAUUGUAGAUUUAAUUUCUCAAAAAAUUGAAAUAAAAUUGUUUGGAGAUUGUAGGUAUAAAUAUUGAAUAGAAAAGCGGCAAUUUGAAUUGGAUUUGAAGCUUUUGAAGGGAGAGGGAAUAGGCAAAGACGAUGAAGAAUUCCGCAUCUGAGCAGAGUUUCUACAUCGAAAGUGAGGGAGAAGAAGAUGAGAAUUACAAAUAUGGAGAUGGUGAUGGUGAUGGGAGUGAUUCCGAACAUUCGAAUUACUCCAACGACGACGACGACAAUGACAAUGCCAAUCACGAGAGCAAGACGGCCUGGCCUCAAAGUUACAGGCAAACCAUGGACUUAUACGGUACUGUUCCAUCUCCGAGUCUCACUUUCUUGGGGCCACCAUCGCUAUCACAGCUGGGGAGCUCGUUCUUGUCAUCGUCCCUCGUGAGGAGGCACACUCCCGACAGGCUACCUUCAUUUGUCAGGCCACUUCUGCCACAGUUAGAGGCUGAGAAAUCCAAACAACCGCGUGGUUCUUACUAUGGGCCACCUGCGCUCUCGAGGAAAUCCAGUUUGAGAAAAGCAGUUCUUGAUAAGAGAGCUUCAAUCGCACAGGAGCCUCCAGUUUCUUAUCAGAGUACAUAUGGACAGGCUGUGCUGAAUGGUAUGAACGUGCUAUGUGGAGUUGGAAUACUUUCCACGCCUUAUGCUAUCAGAGAAGGAGGCUGGCUCGGGCUUUGUAUAUUAGUUCUUUUUGCGUGUCUCUCUUACUAUACUGGAAUUCUCUUGCGCCACUGCUUGGACAGCCAGCCUGAUCUUGAAACGUACCCGGACAUUGGCCAGGCUGCCUUUGGCAUUACAGGACGAAUUAUCAUAUCCAUUAUUUUAUACGUGGAGUUAUAUGCUUGUUGUGUUGAGUAUAUAAUUUUGGAGGGUGAUAACUUAUCAUCUUUAUUUCCAAAUGCGCAUUUGAACUUUGGAGGCUUUGAGUUGGACUCACAUCAUAUUUUUGCGUUAGCUACCACCCUGGCCGUUCUUCCUACUGUUUGGUUACGAGACCUGAGUAUUCUGAGCUACCUCUCUGCUGGAGGUGUCCUCGCAUCAACCUUGGUCGUCGUUUGCCUGUUUUGGGUUGGCACAGUGGAUGGAGUCAACGUCCAUGCUCCAGGGACAGCUAUCAACCUUUCCAGUCUUCCUGUUGCUAUAGGUCUAUACGGUUAUUGCUACUCUGGGCAUGCCGUUUUCCCCAAUAUAUACUCAUCGAUGCAAAAGCCCAGCGAAUACCCUGCAGUCCUCCUAACGAGCUUUGGUCUUUGCACGUUGAUGUACGCUGGAGCUGCUAUAAUGGGAUAUUAUAUGUUCGGAGAUGGAACAAAAUCGCAGUUCACCCUCAACAUGCCUAACAAUUUAGUUGCAUCUAAACUUGCUGUUUGGACUACAGUUGUCAAUCCAUUUACAAAGUAUGCACUAACCAUGGCUCCGGUAGCAAUGAGUCUCGAAGAAUUGAUACCAUCCACAAAUGCCCAAUCCCACAUGUAUUCGCUCAUCAUAAGGACAUUAUUGGUGAUAUCCACCCUGCUGGUUGGCCUUAGCAUCCCAUUCUUUGGUCUGGUGAGUGCAUUGAUAGGAUCCUUUCUCACGAUGCUAGUUACGUUGAUUCUUCCGUGUGCUUGCUAUUUGAGCAUCCUAAGAGGCAAACUGAGCUUACUCCAGAGGGCGAUGUGUGUGUCGGUGAUUGGAAUUGGCGUUGUGGCGUCUGCGAUUGGAAGCUAUUCAGCUCUGUCUAAAAUCAUCGACAGGCUCAGAUGAUGAUGGUGGUGAGGGCAAUUUGUAUGAGUGCAAUUUGUACUAAAUAUCAGUUUGCAUCAGUUUCUUUUAAAUUUUGAUUGCAGAAGUAUCAUUCUUUAUUUCAUUGUAUGCACAACAGUUUUUGAUGCUGGGAACAACUUAUGUUAUACCUCUCAUUCUAGUUAUAUUUAUUGUUUAGCUAA